UUCGUGUACUGUUGCUAAGAGAGCUUCGUAUUGUAUUUCCCUGCGACCAAGAAGGAAAGGCGGUGAAUGUGGGGCUUUAUUGUGUCCCCCACCGUGGAAAUUAACAGUCUUCUUCUAGCAGGGUCUCCAGGGAAUCUGUCUCUCUCUCUGUCUGUCUCUCUUUCUUUCUCCCCUCUGCAUCACACCCGCCCCUCCGCUUCCAUGAGAGCCUGAUGUCUCUGGGCUCCAUUUAAUCUCUCACAUCUCAGUCCCAAUAAAUGCACAUCUCUUCCUCCAGCUUCCCCGGAGGCCCGUUUUUAUGGUGAAGAUCAAUACAGGCCAUGGUGAAACUGGCUGCCAAAUGCAUCGUGGUGGGUGAUUCAACUGUGGGGAAGACAGCUUUGGUCCAGAUGUUCUGCAAUGAUGGGGCUCAUUUUCAGAAAAACUAUACCCUGACAAUAGGAGUGGAACUAUUGAUGAAGACAGUACCUAUUCCAGGAACAAAUGAUAGCGUGGAAUUCUUCUUCUUUGAUUCAGCAGGCAAAGAACUCUUUUCUGAAAUACUAGAUAAAUUGUGGGAACAGCCCAAUGCCCUGUGCAUUGUGUACGAUGUCACCAAUGAGCAAUCUUUCAAUAACUCUGCUCAGUGGCUAGAAAGGCUGAGAAUCCAAACAUCAGGUAUUCAUAUUCCAGCUGUCCUGGUGGGCAAUAAGAUUGAUUUAAGUGAUAGGAGAGUUGUAGAGCGCAAACAAGCACAACAGUGGGCAGAAGCAAAUGGUCUGGAAUACUGUGAGAUAUCAGUAAAAGAGAUGGAAAAUUUUGAAGCUCCUUUUCACAUUGUGGCAAAUUCUUUCCAUCGAUUGUACAAAGAGAAAGUAGAAAUCUUUCAUUCAUUGGUGUGAGGUGUCCUUAAAUACAAUAUGGUGGAUUAAAAAGAAAACACACUAAUUAACAAAGGCAAAAUCAGUGAAAAUUGAAAGUAGAUUUUUGUUGUCAUUUGCUUUCCAUCAUAGAGAAUUAUAAUUCUUCAACUGUAAUUUCAGGUUUCAUCUGCUUAUUGUUUAUCCUGUGAUGGACCUUUUUAUAAGAAACAUUCUUUUUGGUUAUCAUUUUUUGCAUGAAUUCAGAGUUUAAAUACUGUGAAAUAUUUGACAAAUUUCAUAAGGAGAAAUCUAUCAAAAAUUAAUAAACAUGCCAUUAUUCUGUACAUUUCAACAA